AUGUCAGCUACUAUACAAACCGCAACUGCAACCUCAGGCUCUGCCACAGCUCAUACAGCUGUUGCUGAAAAUGUUUCUGUUCGAUCAGUUGUUAGCACUGAAUCACAGUCGAAAGUCAGCAUGGAAAAUACACAAAAAAUGGCUGCUUUAAUGGGCAGACUUGGUACAACUCAUCAACAAGUUGAUGAAUAUGCUCGUCGUCGUACUGAACAAAUUUCAGAAGAAGUUGCUGCUGCCAUCAGCCGAAUUGUUGCUGACACUAGCAUUCAACAACAAACUCUUUUAGCUGAUGCAAAUGUACGUUCAGCAGCUAUUGAAGAAGAAUACAAACAUAAAUUACAACAAUAUGUUGAAGAACUUGAUGUUGUUAAAGCACAAAAUUUAUCAACACUUGAAAAAGAUUUAAAUUUACGUCAAGAAAUGAUUCUUGAAGAUGCCCGAAAACGUAUUGAUGCCUUAAAUGAAGAAGCUAAUCGUUUGAAAUUAGGUGUUUUACGUGAAGCUCAAGCACAAGCUAAUGCUCAAGUUGAAGUUAUCACUGACCAAGUUGCUGCUUUGAGUGCUGAAGAUGCUAGCCGUCUUUUAACAUCAACAGCAACAACUGUUAUUACAACUGAAGCUAAAGCUACUGGUACAAGUCAUGUUGAAGGUGCAUCAGUUGUUCUCGGUACAACAGCUGAAACCGUUCAUGCAUCAUCUUCACACUCAUCUAGUUCAUCAACAACCAAACACUAA